AAGUUUUCGUGAGCGCAGUGCUUCCCGUCCCAGUUCCCGGUGUUUUGCAAAUAAGAGACACUUCGGAGCGCGGAGCGAAAGUGGGGGGGCGAAACCGUUUCGUCCGCUUCGACAGGGGCUUGUUUUGCAUCGCCGAGCGCAUGCAAGUACGCGGAGGAUACUUGCUCGACGACGUCGCCAGGCGCUUUUCUUUUUCUACGUCCUUGUUCUAAAUAAUAAAAAAAUAAAAUAAAAAUUUUUUUUUAAGUGUUCUCACGUAAGGGCGCUCGACACUCGAACCUUGGAAAUGGAUGUUCUACCCAUGUGCAGCAUCUUUCAAGAACUUCAGAUAGUUCACGACACGGGCUAUUUCUCAGCCCUGCCGUCACUCGAGGAGUAUUGGCAGCAGACUUGCUUGGAGCUGGAACGGUAUCUCCAGAGUGAGCCUUACGUCUCGACGUCAGACCUCAAGUUUGACGGCCAGGAGGACCUCUGGAACAAGUUGAUCUUGGCCUGCGGGGAUAAGGCCAAGACAGAUUCUGAUCCAAAAAUCCCACUUGCCCACGAGGAGGACAAUCAGGACAGCCAAAUCUUGGACACCAACAGUGUGAAUUCUGAUGCCAGCAGCGAGACUUCAGACAGUUCAGAGGAGCUCUCGCCCAUACACAGCUUUACCUCCAACCCCCUGGGGUCUGUCUUGGUUGGCUCUGGACUUUUUAGCCCCUCCAUCAUUAGCACUCCCCCAUCCUCUCCUGAGGCCAACUCUGAGCCCAGCACCGUAUCGCAGAGCUGGGGCAGCACACACACCGAAUUGCACUUGCCAGUCAAAAUCAGGACCGGUGGGACCGGAAAGAGUUCGGAAAAGAUGGGACUGGUCUUCGGAGACACAUCCCCGGAUGGCCGGAAGCGAGUACACAGAUGCCACUUCAACGGGUGCCGCAAGGUUUACACGAAGAGCUCCCACCUAAAAGCACACCAGCGCACUCACACAGGUGAGAAACCAUACAGGUGUUCAUGGGAGGGCUGUGAUUGGCGUUUUGCACGAAGUGACGAGUUGACCAGACACUUCAGGAAGCACACUGGGGCAAAGCCAUUUAAAUGCAGUCACUGUGACAGAUGUUUCUCCAGGUCUGACCAUCUGGCUCUUCACAUGAAGAGGCACAUCUAGAUCAGGGCGAGCACCGACCAACCAAUACAGUUAAGGGGAAAUUUUAAGAAAAGAAAAAAAAAGGCCGUCUCCUGACCAGUCUCUUGGUUGAACUGUCCCAGAGCAGAGUGGCGGGAGUGUGUUCCAGCCAAAGCAUGCCAUUUUGCACCAUACUGUAACCCAGUGCCUCCGGGACCUCUCUUUGGAGAAAGGCGCUCUGAAGGUUGUCUGUUGCGACAAGAGGACAAAAUCAUGGAUGGAAGAACUGAAUGAGAUGGACUUGCAAAAAAAAAGAAAAAAAAAAGACACACUAAAAAGAAUGAAUGAUUUGUAUGUAUGGUGCAUGAUGUUUUGGGGACAUCUCCCGGACAGCAGAUACACUGGUACUUUACAAAAAGAAAAAAAAAAAGAGAAAAAAAAACUGUCUGAGGUAAGCAUGUGUGCACUGUGAAUGUCUGAGACUGGCUGCCUGGCCCCGGUGAGGAGAGAGAAGAAAGUAGGAGGAGAUGAAGAGGCGGACGGAGUGAAUGAGUAGGAGGAUGGGGAGGGAGGGAGGGGGGGGGGGGCCUUGAUGCCAACAUUGCUGUGGACUGAAUGUGUUUCUGGGGGAACUUUUGUUUCCCCAUCGCGGAGUGAGGAUGGGGAUGGAAGUGCCUGCCUGUCGGGCACCAAGACUGAGGGUUGGGUUCCUUCUCUUUUGAAGCUGUGGGUUCGGACCAGUGAAGGGGAUGACUUGUCUCCUUCUGGCCGGCGACCCAGGGACCACAACCUCUCUAGUCACUGUAUGAGAGGAGCUUUUUUUGGUGUUUUUGGUGCAGCUACUUAAUGUGCAAUGUGUUAUGUAGCCUGGUUUAUUAUUUUUUUACAAGCUACAAAGCUCAUUUGUAGUCCAAUUGUAUAAGCUGUGUGCUUAGAGGUAUAACACAACUAUACUAUAACUUCAGUAUCAUAGAAAGGUGUUGCAUGGUUCUAGGGUUCGUUCACUUUCCUGUUUCCACUGUAAUCAGGACUGCAAAUAGGUUCAAUAAAAGUGCAGCUAAAAUGCGAACGGUUAAAUGUUACAAUAUUGUACAUAAAGCCUUGAUGACCUUCCUCUUUUAAGUUUUCACAACUUCAUCCAUCUCCCUCUUCGCCCUUUUUUUUUUUUUAGCUGUUGUUUGACUGGAGAUUUUUUGCCACUGCUUGCUGGAAUGGAAUCAUUCAUUGAGCUUUUCGUUUCUAUUCAUCCUAUGCCUUGAGGACUAAUAUAUUUUUUAUUUUAUUUUGUACUUUUCUUUCCAUUUUCUAUCUAAUAAUGCACUGUUGACCUUAAUGGUGCCUUAUGCAAGUGGCCUCGCCCGGUAGCGGUGGAUAUAGCUGCCCGGGAGGUCACGUUUUUUUGUAUGGGUGAUUAUUUGAAACGCUCGAUCAAGGCUCAAUUGCGUACGAACGUGCAUCUCUUGUUUGUCGACCGCUGUCCACACACACACACACACACACACACACGCGCGCGCGCGCGCGUUGGAUUUGGAGUUUGUGUAUUGUUUUGAAGAUAGGCUCUUUAGAGAAUUCAGUUUCAUUGGUAAAAAAAAUUUUUGAAGUUGAAAUGAUUUUUUUCCCCUCCUCCUUAUUGUAUAUGACACAUUUGAGUUUAGACCAUGUAAAUAAGAUAAAUGUUGUAUGUUUAAAGCACUUAAAUCCGUUUAUUAAAAACACACAAAACCACUGCUACCAUGUGCUGCAGUCCAUCACACUCGGCUCGUAGGUACAACAAAUAACCAGACUAGAAUAACGGACUCGAGUCUUUCUGUGCAGGAUGUAGCCGAAUUGAAGUAGGAUAUAAUAUUGCUGCUGCUUUAAUGAUACUUGGCACCGGCUGACGAUUCAAGGCCCACUGUAAACCCCCCACCACCACCGCCGCCGCCAUCACCGCCGCCGCUCCUCAACCCCUCCAUCCCUGCAAGCAAGACUGAAGAAAAAGCUAAAGAUUUAUUGUAAUUAACAGGCUGCAUUUGGACAGGCCUUGCCUUGUAUUGCCUCUCGGUAAUGAAUUGCUAAAGGCUUUGUUGGCAUGGAAUCUGUCACAGACUGCUGACUGUGUAGGUUGGUUAUUGACCUGUCUGGGGAGCGUUGUUUUAGCCGUGCUGCAACAGUAUUAUGAAAACGGAGGGAGCGGCGUGAGGGGGUGGGAGGCGAUCGAGAGGAGAUGGAGAUCACCCGUUCGAGCCAACCCGUUGUCGGCACGCAUGCGAAAUUGGCAAAAGCCCCCCCGACGAUAUUUGACCUAAAAAUGAAACUAUAUUGUUCAUCCGUUUUGUUUUGAUUUUUUUAUUGGAUGAUGGAGGUGGAGGGGAGAGUGCUCAGCGAGGCUAGGGACCAAAAUAGUUUCCAAGAUUAUCUCUAUUACUUUUGAAAGGCAACCGGGAGAUAAGUGAUCUGCGCCGCCUGCUCGGCGUCGGAGGCCCCGCCGUAGUCGAGCGAGGAGAUCUGAUGUUGCAGGCCGGCGUUCUCCAGCAUAUGGAUUUCAGAUCGGCCGGUGAAAGACACAGGACGAGUACAAACUCGAAACUGCUUGCUUCAAUAGAACCGGAGUGCUGGCAAGGCCUUUUGUGGGCAAAGAGAGGAACAUCCAUUCCUUGAAACGUCAGCCAAUAAACGUUCAAGUGGUAAUUGAGCCUUGAUUUAGCCCCACGUUUGCUUGCAUCUUAAACACCUUCCAUUGCUUUUCUUCUCUCUCUCCCCCCCCCCACCUCACCCACCCACCUCCCACUACCUUGACAUGUUUUGUUAUUCAGACACAGCUCUUUGUUCUCAACGGAAUCUUUGUAUGAAAAGAAGAAAAAAAAACUUUUGUAAAUUGUUAUGUUUAUGCUUUACGAAAUUUUUAUUUGAAAUUGUUUUGCAAAAUUGUUAUAUUUCUGUAUGAAUGUAUUUUUUAUUGGAAUAAUAAGAAAUUCUUAUCUGA